UAGAAAUCCCGUUACCGGGGUCAUGCUGGUCAGCACUUGUAUCGUCAGCACCCGCCCGAUGCAGCUUACUUCUGCCAAAGAAUUUUACGAGAAACAGAUGCAGUAUAAGCAGCUUCAACAAUUUUCGUAGCUGGUAUGGACGUUUCCUAUCAUGGCAGUCGAUGUUGCGCUCGUGGCUUCCGGUAAAUAAACAACAUGGUAGGCACCUGCUUGCCCAUUGAUUUUGGGGUAUGUACUACUCCUUACAAUGGUAGUUUUGUUUUCGCGGAAAUCUUCUGUCUCGGGUCGAGCAGGACGUCUGCAGCGGGGUAGCAAGACGAAUGAGUGGAGGCCUCUAUCAUAUCUAAGCCAAGCAGAAAUUGACGCAAGCCGCAGCCGUUAUGAAUGAGAUACGACAGCCGUCGUGGUCGUCGGGUACCAUGUUGUGGAUCUUCGGCCUCGUACCUUGUUCGGCGGGGCGACACCGGCCGAGCGCCGGGCGCCCGACAACUUCGUCUAUCGCUGCGCCCGCUUCCGCGCUACAGAGCUGACUGCCACUUUUAGGUCUUUUCUCCGGUCACUGACGACACGAUUAAGUAUGUGGUUGUGACGGUGGUCCUCACGAGGGCAAGACGGAGCUGAGGAUGUGUAGGUCGCGCUAGAGGGCUCGACAUCAAUCACUGGAAAACCUCCGAAUUGUUCCUGCUCGUCGUCGCCAAUAUGUUUUAAGUGCCCCCCCGCACGGAAUAAAAGGUCAUCAUGGCCCCGCCAAAAGACGCGGGCGGGGGCGCUUAUGGAAGCGUCAGGUUUGAAAUCGUCAGAGUUGAAAUAAUUUGUAAUGCAUAAAAUGCGACACAAAAAGUGACUCUAUUGCAGAGGACCCACGGGAGGCAGAUUAUAGUCCUGGUAAGCGUCAAAAGUUGGACUGCUAACUAGCAUGACAGAAAGCAGCUCUUUUGCCCUAAACCGCAUGACAGACUCGCUUCCAGGACCGGGAAAGUUUGUCAUGCACCGACUACAAACUGUAGGUCUAACUGGUAUGCGUUUUAUGCAUGACAAACUAUUUCAACUUUGACGAUUUCAAACCUGACACAUCCAUAGCGCUGAGCAGGUGCAGGAGUUGGAGGACCUGCAGGAGCUAUCGAUUGUAAAAAUGUCUGGGUCUGGAAGGUUGGAACUUGUGAUGCUAGCUUUCCAUACCUAGAAAAUCUGUAUUGCAUAACCAACAAAAGUCGCAGCCUCUUUUGUCAUGCAAAAACGCAGUUUCUCAUGCGGAUUGCCUAUGAGAAAGCGUUUUGGGAAGUUGUCAUGCCGGACUGCAUUCGGAAGUGUUUUCAUCAUGCACAUUUUAGCAUCACAAGUUUCCAGACCCAGACAUAUUGGCAUUUCAUAGGAGCCGAAGCCCGACGACGUGGCCGUCGAGGUUCCUGGGGAGGACGGUGGUCACGAAAAUGACAGUCCCACGGCGGGCGGCGGCGGGGAGGGAACAACGGAUGAUCCGGGCGGGACGAACCCGAACAACAAGAAAAAGGGAUCUUCGAAGUUGGGGAAGCUGGUGCCGAAGCUGCCGCGGCCACGCAUUCCCCGGCCGCCGGGGCUGGCCAUCAUGCGCCGCACGAUCGGUGGGGGCAGCGGGGACGCGAGCGUGUACAUUCCGCCGGACGAGCGGUCGCGCACCUGGGAAAUGAAUUUCCAGAUCCGGGACUUCGAGAAUGUUACCAACAAGGCGAUGAUGUUUUUUUUCGCCAUCAGCGUUCGCAGCACCACCGCGAAGCGGCUUCCGCGGGUGAGCCUCCGCCCCGUGUUCACGGCGAUGUUCUCGCUCGACAAGGGACAAGCCGCCGACCUGGAGGAGCCGCUGAUCGUGAUCGAAAACAAGCGGUUCAAACUCGCGUACGCCGAGCUGCACAAGCACCAGUUGCAGAUCGACCUGUGGAAGGUGAACAACUGGCAGUUCAACGAAUACUUCGGCACCAUCAGCCGCACGCUGUACGAGUGCGCGACGCGGUCGAUGAACCAGGACUUCAUGCUGAAAAAGAAGAUGUCCAAGCAGGAGAUUCUGGAGAAGAAAAAGCCCUACGACGUUGCCCGCUUCUCCUGCUCCAUCAACAUUGAGGAGGUGUUUGACUUCCAGACAUGCAGUGCAAAAGCAUCGUACUCGUAUAAAUGCAUUACAAAUUUACUCAGCGUCAGAAAUAAAUACUAUAAAAUUUGUAAUGCGGAUUUACCUUAUGCAUGAAUACGAGUACCAUACUUUUGCAGUUCAUACCAGAUGUCCUUCGACAACUGGACCUUCAAGUGCGACGAGACGCUGCCGGAGUACAAAAAGUACUCCGAGGAGUCGCGGAACAAGCUGACCUUCGCCGUGCCGAAGUCCCGGCACGGGCAGGCGGAGCGACAGAAGAUUUGCACGAUCAAGACCACGAUGUGGAACGAGGAGAAGGGGAAAUUUUUUUGGGCGAAGCCCGGCGUGUUUACCUUCACCGGAACCCGCACCCACCUGCAGAACCAGUACUUCGUCGUCAGCUCCUCUACCGGGAACCCCCCCGAGUGGAUCGACAGCGGAUCGUUCCCGGGGACCGUGGUGGGCCGGGCGCUGUUUGGGUUGACGUCCGUGCUGGAGAUCUCGGUCUUCAAGGCGCGGGUGAAGGCGCUGACGACGGACCGCACGCGGUUCCGCGUGGGGGAGCUGGUGGGGAACAUCAAGGUUCAGGAGCUGUCGCAGGGCAUGAAGCAACCCGAGACAGACGUGAAGGAGCGGCCGGAGCAGCCCAAGGGCAGCGGAAUGGUGUCCCACUUGUCGUCGAAGGAACAGUACCUCGUGGUGCGGAUCUCCAAGUGCGAGAACCUGCCCGUGGCGGACUUCGACGCCGGCACGUCCGACCCCUAUUUGCGGGUCGCGUGGGACGGAAUGGUGCAAUUUUCCCCCAUCCUGAAACGCACCUGCCGCCCGGUGUUCAACUUCACACUCUUCUUCCCGGUGCGGCUGGUCUUCCCGGCCAUGCGGGCAGUGAAAAAGUACAAGCAGACCGCGCUGAAGCUCGAGCUGGAGUCGAAGGGGCCCGUGAAUAUCCAGGUGUGGGACGACGACGAAACUUCGUCGGACUACCUCGGCGGUUAUUCCCUCGACAUUGCCGACAUUUUGUUGACCAAGAAUCGGCAGCUCCGGGCCCUUAUCAAAUGCAAACAUGUUGUCUGCUGGGUCUGGAGGAAGAGUGCCAGAUUUCUAUUCUAUCUGAUGCCGAAGUCUCAACAUACUCCCGGAUCGAUCGUCUAAGGCAUGUUGCGGAAGAAGUAGAACUGGCUCUUUCUCUCUGUCAUGCAAUAUCGCAUUUCCUCAUGCGCUUUACGCGCUGUACGACAGGACCGCUUAACGUUAACAGUCUGUCUUGCUUCGCUGCGUCCUCUAAGUAGUUGCUUUGUCAUCGUGCAGGUAUAAUUAGCAUAUACAACGAACUGUCCAUAGUUGUUGUACUUACAACCCAGAUCGAUAUUUGGUUUUGCAAUCCAUAGGGUUCACGGGGCCGGUCAAGCCGGUCGAGGUGGAUCCGGAUGACGACUUUGCGAAGCCGAAAAGCUACCAGUGGUUCGAGAAAGAGGAGUAUCAACUGCAAAACUGUCUGGGUCUGGAAGAAUGCAACUUGUGAUGCUGCAUUUGGAUUCCAAAAAAAUCUGUAUUGCAUGAGCGGCAAAGGGAAUGCAACUCUUGCCACGCGGAGAAGGCAUUUGUCAUGCGGAAUAGGCAUCCAGAAGCCCUCAAAGAAUCUGUGAUGCUAGGGCAUGCAUCACAAACGUCAUGGCUCAUGCAAAACGUGCAUGACUGGUAUCGCAAUCUUCCAGACCCAGACAUAUUUGCAUUCGAUAAGGAGACGGUGCGCACCUUCGACGGGGCCAAGACGGAGUUGAAGGGCAGCAGCUUACCCAACGCCGGCGGGGGGCCGCCGCUGGUGCACUUUGAGGCCUACUUCUGGCCGGACUGGGAGCACGACGUGAAAAUCGACGAGAUCAUGGAUAGCGAUUUAAAUGACGAGGUGUGGAAGCAGCUGCAGCGCGAAUGGGAUGACAAAAACGAAUUUUUUCGCCAAACCUACGCCGGCCCCUUCGCGGACAGUCUGGGAGCAAGGCCGGGGAAGUACAAACUCGAAGAAUGCACUUUAUUUGAUCAUGACUUAAGGUUUUGUUAGCAGUACCGCAACAAUCCACGACGAGGAACACAGUGACUAAAAGUCAAGACCAGAAAUCUAGUAUGUAUCACCACAGUGGUGGACUUUAUCCAGCUAGUACAGAAGUACUUGACAGCCUGAAAACAGCAUGGGUAAACAUCAUCAUCAUCAUGCUCAUUUGCUGAAUGUGCAGCAAACCAGCGUGGUACUACAGAUGAUCAUGUCAUUUCAGAUCGUGGAUUUUGUGGCGUCAUUUCAUCUGGAAUCAGGGUGCGAAUGUGGAUCGAUACAGAUUUGCAUUCUGAUCUCACCUACAUUCCCCCCCUCAGUCGAAACUACUGAAGACAACCGACAAAAUUUCACCACGAAAUUUUUCUUGUCAAACAUCACACCAAGACCGUGGGUGUGAUUGGAACCAUUCAGAAUAGCAUCUGAAUUUCAUCAGGACAGCACCUGACUACAGUAGUAGUGAUAGUAAAAUCGGUUUAGACCACAUAGUUGCCUUGAACUACAUGCGUCUUUUCUUCUUCUCCUCUUCUUCUUCGGUUUCGGCCAGUGCUGCGGCGAACUGGUACCCUUCGGAACAUGGCUACGGUGCGUCUAGCCAAUACGCAGGAGAAAUUACGAGAAAUUUUUCUUGGAAGUAGUUCUAGUAUCAAUGCUCCCUAGCAUCAUGCAAACGAUUCUGAUUCCGACCCGGAAUCAGACCCCCCAUCAUCCUGUUGGGAAGGAUGAAAGAACCUAAGAUAGGCAGCCGAAGGAAGCGCCUUCGUCAAUGGGUCAGCCUUAUUGGCCGCAGUGGGAACCCAACACAGGUCACGAGAGUGAUCCCGAACCACAUGGAACCGAAGUUCUAUGUGCUUCGACCGUUUCGUCACCAGGGACGACUUGGCCAAAUCCAGGGCGCUACAAUUGUCCACAAACGUAAGAGGUAAACUCCUAUCAGCCAGGAACCAAUCCAGAUACCCUUGCCCCAAGGAUAGCUUGAUCGUGUCAAAGGUUGCGACGUACUCAGCCUCGCAGGUGCUGAGCGCCUUAACCGUUUGACGCUUGCAACUCCAUGCAAUCGGGGCGCCUCUGUGAUAGAGAAUCGACCCACUGCCUGGCGCUGCGCAGUGUUGCAGUGCACCCCGCGAAGUCACUAUCACCGAAAGCAACAGUGUCCGGCAACUCAUGGCCGCCGUUCUUCGCGAUUUCAGCAUAGGUCUCACGCCACUGGCGUUCGAUCUCUGGAGAGUACUCAAGACCUUGGUCUUUCGCGCCCUUCAGAUAUGCUAAAAUCCGUCUGCCUGCCUUUACCGCAGAAGUAGUCGGCGCUUCCUGACCCCUUGCCACGCGUUGGGUAGCGAAGACAAUGGCAGGCCGCGUCUGGUGCGCGAUGUAUUGCGUACCCCCAACCAACGACCGAAGUGGGAAGGACUCAGCCGGACCCCCUUCACGCAGAUCGCCAGCCACACAGGGCGAAGGUGCAGGCUUGCAGUCUUCCAUGUUGAACUUCUUGAGCAACUUGCUCACAGCUUGUUCCAUGGACAUCUUCAGCCAGCGCUUCGGCCUGUCAUACUUGACGACCAUACCGAGAACAUCUCGAGUCUCCACGUCGCCGUCCAUUUCUGGAGCGAUGAUCGUACCGGGAAACAAUUUCAGGACCUUCGACAUCUCCUCGCCCAGAGUCUUGGGACACGGACCAGACAUCAAAGAAUCAUCCACGAAGAUGGCCAUCGUGAUGGUGCCGCUAGGCAAUUCCUUUCGGAACAACCCGGGCUCCCUGGGACACAUCACCCAACCGAGCGACUUCAGACCCUUGGAAAAACGGUCAUACCAUUUCCGUGGGGCUAUCCUCAAGCCAUAGAGCGACUUAAGCAGCAUCGCCAAGUCUCCUCUCGGCGACUUGCUCCAGUGUGCUGGAAGCCGAACGAUCGCCCUCUCAUCAGUCAACGCCGCCUGGAUGAAGGCACUAGUGGCGUCGAACUGACGCAGGUGAUGGCCCUGGGCCGCCGCUUCUACGAGUAGAAACCUGCUGGCCCCCCCUGAAAUAGUGGGAGAGUAUACCUCAUGCGAGAAAACUUGUUUCUGCCGGUUGCCCAGCGCCACAAGCCUACACUUGUACCUACCACACCGCUUGCGGGAGUAGAUGCAAACCGCAGGAAUAACCUCGUCCGUGGCCGGAUCGAAUUCUCCCUCACGUAAAGGCCUCCAGCAUUUCAGGGCCUCGAGUCGGGUGCGCUCAAGUGUAUCGGCUUCGAUCCACUUGGUCGCAUCCGGACCGCUGAAAGCUGACUUCUUAGUGGCCAUUACUUGAAACUCAGCAGACUCCUCAUCUAAGGCGGAGCAGUACGAAGCUGCUGCCUCCUGUAAAUCAGGAUCCUCCGCAGAUACUGUAAGCACUGCACCCUGCACGCACGACGCCAAUCCGGAUUCAUCCUCCGAGGGUGACUCUUUCCGUCUCUUUGCAGAAAAUUCCUCUGCCCCCCCUGAAGCCUUGCGCUUUAGCUUAAGAGCUUCAGGCGAAGAAUUCUUGAGCUUCACCUCAGCCAAAAGCAUCUGCACCAAAUCCGCACCAGCAGGCUGGCGCUUUGGAGCUGCUUUUGCCUUUGCCGCGACCUGUUUAGGUUUACGGCCUGGCUUGCGCCAGUGUGGCUGAGCCUUGGUCCCGGGCUUUCGUCCCCGUUUCUUCUCCACAACAUUACCAGAAUCCGCCUGAGGCGCUGCAGGUAAAUCUUGACCGACAGGGGCCGGGUCGGCAGGUGGUUGAUCGCCCUCAGCAGGAGCCUCAGGACCAGCCUGAUUCUCCGCCUCAAGAUCAAUAGCCUCCGGCGCGACCUCGUCACCGAUCAAAUUUUCCUCCUGCUGCUCCUCUGGAGGAGUGUCAUCCAGCAUGUCAGAAGUUUCGACUGUAUUCUUACCCUCCGUCACGGAACCACCUCCCUCGGGAACAUCAGAAGCACCAGCAGGCGAGGGAUCAGACUCACCUGGGGCCACCUGACUCCUUUCCUCGAAAAUGGAGUCACCGAGCGCGUCGGGCAGUGUAUACGGGACAAAAGUGCCGUUACUGAACUUUUGCAAGUCCUCAAUCUCCCCGAUUGUAAUUGACUCACCAAAUGCGCACGCCCGGCAUUCGAUCACGGAAAAACGAACUCCGUCCGCACACCUGUUGUCUUGCACCCAAGUGCCAACGAGGUAAGUGCUGUUCUCAGUUCCAUAACCAAGAAACACACCGCGGACGUAUUUAGCGUCCAGCUUUCCACCAGGGACAUGCUGCUUAGCGUAGGCCAGGCAUCCGAAACGACGGAAAUGCUUGGUCGACGCUUCGCGGCCGUGCCUCUUGAAGUAGGGCGAACUUUCUGGACCCUUCCGUGACACGCGAGCAAACACGUACGCCAAAAACCUGUAGGCAUAGUCCCAACAGCGUAGGUCUACACCAUGCAGAAUGCAACGCACCGCGUUACACGAAGUUUGGUUCCAGCGUUCCACCUUACCACUCUGCUGUGGAGUGUAGGGCGCAGAAUAAUCCACGAUAGUGGGAGGCCGUUGCUCAGCCGCAACCUGUCUCCACUUCGUGUUCUGCCCCUUGAACUCGGGAGCGUUGUCAGCCCGUACCCGCUUGGGCGGUUUCACCGUUUGGCAAAACAACUCAAGCUUGGACCCAGCUUCUCCCUUUUCCUUGCAUGGGUAGCAAAAGGGCCAGGACGUCAAUUCGUCCACCGCAUUCAAAGACCACUUGUUUCCCGAAAAGGAAACAGGAAAAGGCCCAACAAAAUCCCAAGAGACUUCGUCAGCGAAUUCCUUAGCCUUCAGAUGCUCAGGCCGAGCAGCCUGGUGCCCAGGCACUCUGCCUUUCAUCAUUGCGCACCCACGCAUCGCAGUGCUUGCACUUGACGCCAUGCGCUGAGAGAUGUGCAAACCGCUCAUGCCAGAGCUUAGUGUCCUCUGCGGAAAGUUUAUCACAAACCGCAGCGGGCUCGCAAUGAAGACCCUUUUCCGUGUCCUGGUCGACACAAACUUUGACCACUGAAGAAUUCUCGACGAACUCGACAGGGAGCACCGGGAGCCGAUUGACCCGACCGAAGCCGACCCAAUCCCCCGAGGCCUUGUCGAGCACGCCGCUCUUCGGGCCAUCAAAAACUAUCUUCCUGCCAUCGUCCUCCAGCCUGCCAACCGAAAUUAGCAGCCCGGCGAUGUCAGGAUGAUACAACCCCAACCGGAGUCCCACUGUGUUUCCCUUGAAGAUGCCGCGCCGUGCUUUGACGUCCAAAACACGAUCGGCAACCUUCGUGGUAACUUCUUCAUUCGAGAUUUCUUCGAAUGCACCGCGCUCCCCGCACGUGUGAUCCGAAGCCCCCGAAUCCAGAACCCCAGAGAGGGACAAAACCCCCCCAGAAUCCCUAACCCCCUCACUUUUCACCGUGAGAACACUAACACAGGCCGAAGCCGUGCCAGCCAUUGCCAUGCAAACCACAGCGCUGGGCGCUGCUACAGAGCUACUAGAACUACUUUGAUGCAAAAGAUGCAACCUAUUUUUCUCGUAAUCUUUCUUGUCCUUGUUGUCCUUGCCUUUCCCCUUGUUGUUGUUGUUGCCUCCGUUUUUGCGCUUGGGACAGUCGGACUUUUUGUGAUUGCCACCACAGGUCCAACAUUUAAGUUGGCUACCCUUUUCGUCCUGCUUCCGGACGUUCGGAAACUUCUUCGCAAUCAUAGCAACUGCCUUGUCGACAAUCCGCUGUGCCUGCGCCUGCUCUUCCUUCUUGCUAGUCACCAAGACGUGCUCGGUAACCUGCUUCGGAGCAGCCUUGUCCUGCGCCUCCUGUUCGCGAAGAGUGCCCACAAUUUGCAAAGUGGAAGCAUUCAUCGCCAGGAGCGGAGUGACCAACUUCUUGGAUUUGUCAUCCAAGCCGCCCACGAUACCAAACAACAACAAUUCGUUUGUCGUGAUGGUACCGCCCAGGUCGUUACGCAAGUAGUUGGACUUACGAGCGUAGUACGCCUCCACACUUUCGCCCGUCUUCUUGCUGCUGGUAAGCAACUGAGUCAGGGCGGAAAAGCGAGAAGACGCGACCUGGCUCCGAUACUUGCCCACUAACACGCGCAAGAUGUUCGGAAGGUCAGUGGCAUGCUCGGUCGUGACCAACUGCAACGGUUCCCCGUCGAGUUUAGUCACAACGUGAGCAGCCAGCUGGUUCAACUUUUCAACCUGUUCCGCGGUCAGUUGAACACUGGCCGGAGUGCCAAGAGCGGUGUUGUUCACGUACUCUACGACAUCCUCUCCGUAGCAGUUCAAGAUGGGACUCAUCUUGUACAGCCACGAAGAAAACUGACCCGCAUCCUUACCGUUGAAGGUAGGAAGCUCCAUCUUAAACUGCGCCAUUGUGGUACGAGCGAGAUUAAGAUAGAGCUGAACCUUGGCAGGACCUAAAGUCGCAAAGUUGACACAAAGAUGUGCCAACUUCUGAUACAGGUUGUAAACCACCCGGCAACUUUUCGAAGAGUAAAACUCGUCGGUUACCCGCACAGUCUUAUGACUGCCCGCACGGUACAGGAUACGCUUGCCAAGAUCGUAAACGACCUCAGUGAAGGACCAACCGUCCAUCAGUUUUAAGGGGUAAAUUUUAGGGGUUAAACACCUAAAAACUUUCUCUAAAAUUGUAAAAACCCGCAAAAAAAUUGCCACUACAACUACUGUAAAUCAGUCAACCUACAAGGUGCACACUGUGAAAACAGUAAGCCUAAAAGUUGAAAACUGUAAAAGUUCCAAAACACACAACACAACCCAGCGGAAUGCUGUCCAGUUGCCCCGUUGUUCAGUGUUUUUCCCUUUGAGCUUUUUGGCUUAAAGGAUGUCAAGAUUGUUAGCAGUACCGCAACAAUCCACGACGAGGAACACAGUGACUAAAAGUCAAGACCAGAAAUCUAGUAUGUAUCACCACAGUGGUGGACUUUAUCCAGCUAGUACAGAAGUACUUGACAGCCUGAAAACAGCAUGGGUAAACAUCAUCAUCAUCAUGCUCAUUUGCUGAAUGUGCAGCAAACCAGCGUGGUACUACAGAUGAUCAUGUCAUUUCAGAUCGUGGAUUUUGUGGCGUCAUUUCAUCUGGAAUCAGGGUGCGAAUGUGGAUCGAUACAGAUUUGCAUUCUGAUCUCACCUACAGGUUUGUAGAUGUGAUUUCUUUUUAUGGAACUAGAACAACUAAAGCUAAUGAAUCCACCCCGCUCGACAGUGUCAGUGCCGCAGCUGCACUACAGCUUUCUUUGCUGUUCAAGAGCCAGACAGAUGUUUGUGCAAGAUGAGCCCAGCCGAGGCGAAGAGAGCUGCAUGAUAACAAAUUUGCACUUUAUACCUUUACCCGCAACUGGGCCAGGUCGCCCAUGUACUUACUAGAGUAUCUAUGAUUUUUGUUGCAACUGCAUAUGAUCUACACGCACAACUAAAGGUACAACCCCCAUAACCCGGAGGGUGGGUGCCGGCGCUUUCCCUGCACGGCGAUACAUCCUCAAACCCGGGGCACCAUACCGAUCCCCGCGUUCCUCUGCCCGAUCAUUAUCCCCCAGGAGCUCUGCCGCCCCGCUACCCUGCUGCACUGGAUAAAUUGCCUACCCUACUACUACGCAUCGAAGCAGGAGCGGACCGGCUUGAUGCCCGACGACAGUAUGAAGAACGCGUCCUUCAUACUCGCGCAGCGCAAGGGCCCCGCCCAAGACCACGCGGUGCUGCUGUGUUGUAUCCUUCUCGGCUGCAAGAAAAACGGUAUCAAUCUAUGAUAACAUAAAAGAUGAGUAAGAGUCUCUCGUCCCUUUUGGUUUCCGGUGCCCGAGUGGCUGAGGUUGACCUGCAAGUCCUGCCUACGUUGUGACUAAGUAGUUCUCUCUUGCAUCACGACGGACAAGAAAAAGUAGGUGCUUCAGCUGCUAUGAUGAACAUCGAUGGAACAAGUUACUGAAUUUUGAAGAAAUGAGUAGCGUCAAGAAGACAGGAGAAUCCACCCAAAAAAAAAAAACGUUAAUACAUUUCCCUAUCAGCCUGGGUUUGCAAGGGACAGCUCAUGACAGAGGAGGGCAAAAUCGUGGAGCACAGCUGGGUUGCCACCCUCGAGAAGGAUAAGUCCGUGAUUUUUUGGGAGCCCAGCCAGGCCAGGCGGUACGCGAUGCCCCGGAGGUGGGACGGGGGGAAGGGGAAGCGCUUGGGGCUGGGCAAGAUGAUCUUCGAAGAAAUGGAGGACUCGGAUUGGCUGAACCAGCACAGCAAGCUGGUGCAGAAGCGCCUGGCGUACAUCAAAAAGAACAAGAAGGAGCGCCGACGCGCCUGUGACUCUUUGUUGGAAAAGAUCGAGCGGGCCCGCGGGAGCCCCACGGUUUUUAUCGAACUGGUGGUUCAGUGGCUGGAGCUGCCGCUGUAUCUUCUGCAAAAGCAUCGUACUCGUAUGAAUGCAAGUCUUGCGUUACAAAUCUUUUUAUUAAGCAAAUCCGCAUGACAGAUUCCAUUUGCAUUUCUCAUGCUAAGGAGUAUUGCAAUUUAUACUAGUACGAUACUUUUGCAAUGCACACGCUGGAACUGUUUCCAAAAAACGCGCAACCGGACCUGAUCCAGGAGAUCAUGACCGACGUUAUGACCUGCUCAAACGUUACAAUCUCAAGCGUUACAAUAGAAUCUGGAAUCUGUGUUGCAAGAGGUGCAUGAUCUACCCUAUUCCCACAGGAUUGCGCAUGACAAGUUCUGGAGUCCCAAUCCGCACUACAAUCUGCCGAAAUUUGUAUUGCAGAAAGUGGAAUGCUGUCCGAGUCUGUCAAGUUGAUCAUGCAAGACAAAUUCCAGAUUCUAUUGUAACGCUUGAGAUUCUAACACCUGAGCAGGUCAUAGACGUGGGGAUCGUGAAGGAGAUCGUGCCGGGUUCCCCCGAGGGCACGCUGCCGGUGUGGAUUUUCGCGUCGCGGCUGAACAUGGAUCUCGAACUCAUCGACGCCGAGGAGGACGAGGACGUAUCAAAUGUAAGAGUGUCUGGGUCUGGAAGGUGGUAACUUGUGAUGCUGUCUUUCAAUUCCAUGUAUUGCAUGACUAGCAAAAGGAGUCUGGAUUUUGUUAUACGGGGAGGGAAUUUCUCAUGCGGAAUAAGCAUCAGGAAGCCUUCUAAAAAUCUGGGAUGCUAGGGCAUGCAUUACAGGCGUCAUUGGUCAUGCAAAAUAUGCAUGACAAACCUGGCAAUCUUCCAGACCCAGACAUUUUUACACUUGAUAGGACGACAAGGAGCGCAAGAACUUCAACCCGAUGUGGGACAGCGAGGUGGAUGACAUGCGGCUGACCGCUAUCAAGAAAGAAAAUCCCUCCUCCCCUCCAUAGUCUUAGUCAUAUCAAAACGGAAAUCUGUGAUGCAGGUUUGUGGUGACAAAUCAGCUUUGUCAUGCUAGAAGGGAAAAGAUGCGGACUGUAGUGCUGGGCUGCGUGGGAGAGCCUUGCAUCUUCAGCAUGACAGGAAGCAGCUGGAAGUGGGAAACAGCAUCACGAAUGGCCCGCAAACGAGGCCACAACUGUGGCUCUUGGCCUUCUAGCAAUACAAGUCGACUCGUGUACUCAGGUACAGCAUCACAAAUUUCGGUAUGGGAAGGGGGGAUUUUUCCUUGGGAUAACCGCCGAGACGCUGGAGAUCCAGACCGUGGGGCGCGCGCCGCGGGCCAAGAUGAAGGCCAAGGCGGAAGGAGGCGCCGGCGGGGGCAAGCAGAAGGGUCUGGGACGCGACGAGCUGAAGAAGAUCAUGAUGGCGAAGGCCAGCAGCAUGGUUUUCUUCCCGGACCUGGAACUGCUGGUGGAGAACGAAACGCUGGUGACGGAACUUCCGUAUGUGACGCUGGAGGUGAUGUUUAACACGACCAACGUGUACGCGAACCGGCAAAACCAGCACCCGGCCUGCAUUUCCUACAACAUGGACGAGCCCCUGCAGUGGGAGCCCUUCCUGACGCCAGGGCUCUUUUCGACGGCGAAGAACGUGGAGAAGUACGCGAUUCCGUUUGUCGACAUCGACGUGGUGGUUCCCCCGCCCAUUAAGAUGCCGAUCGCCGAUUCGAUGACCGUAGACAUCUUGUCGGAGAUGAAGGAAAACAUGCGGCUGUUCCGCGCGAAAAAGGGGCUGGACUGCUACUUCGACGACCGGCCGCAGGUCCUGGACGCGCUAAGCUUUUUCGCGGACUUGCUGGAGGAACGGAUGACGUAUUACUGUGAAAAAUGCCCCCACCCCGAAAUUUGCAGAAGUUUGUCAUGCAAAGUUUCCAAAUAAAAGCUUUUUGUCUUGCAAAAAAGGACUGCGAGCGUUUCUGAUGCAGAAUCUGGGUGCGCAAGGUGCCUUGUGGAUAAGAGAUCCGGCUGCUGUUGGGCUACUUCGCAACACAAAUUUUACCUAUUCAGCAUGGAAAAUUUGUGAUGCUGAGAUAUGCAAGACGGAGAAUGUUUCUGUUGGAAAGGUUUGCAAUACAAAUGCUGCCAAGUAGCUGGGGGUGGGGGCAUCUUUCAUUGUAAUAUGACGCUGGACGUGUUCUUUUGCCCGGAAAAGCUACGCGAGCAGUGUCAAAUUCGGUACUAUCGAAAGGAAAAUAUUACUUAAGUGCCCCUGACCCCAGACGUUUCAAGAGUUUGUGUUGCGAAGUUUAUGAUCCCAAAUCGCAAAUCAUGAAAAUUUUUUCUCUUGCAUGGCUGGACCACUUGGACGAAGGCUGAUAGAUUUGCUUCAGAUCAUUCCAAAAAAUGCGCAUCAAAGCAUCUCCUACGUCGCAAAUCUCCCGUGUACAGCUCAGCCUUUUUGCAACACAGAGUUACUUAUUUUGCUAGCCUGGCUUGAACACCAGCUGCGAAAGCGAUACUGGCACAUGCAAAGUGGUAGGAAAUGUUUUCUCUGGGGGUCGUGGGGGCACUUCCGCUUUUCAAUUUGAUAAGCACGACUGGACCUUCACGCCCUUGGAGGAUCCGAGUUGCGACAAGAAGAAGGAGGUGAAAGAUUGGGAAGAUUGGUACAACCGGUACAGCAACUUCUUGCAGUCCAUGGAGGAUUUUCCCGUGAAAAAGGGGAAGAAAUUCCGAGCCUACAGCAUCCACUUCAGCACGGCAGAUAUCGUAUCAACUGUAAAAAUGUCUGGGUCUGGAAGAAUUCAUGUUUGUCAUGCUUGUCUGGCAUGACUCUUAAAUGUGUCAUGCGCGUUACCCAAGAGCUCCGUUUUUCUGUGAUGCAGAAGCGCAGUUUGUCAUGCAGAAUAGGCAACACCUAGGAGCUAAGAAACUUGCCAUGCUGAGCCAGCAUUUGUAGCCUCAUCAUGAGACGCCACCCAGCAUCACAGGUUCCCAGACCCAGACAUUUUUACUUUUGAUAUAUCGAACAAAUACGCAAUUACCUGUCGGACAGCGCAGAGUACCGAGCCAUGGUAGACUAUGGAAGCGUCAGAAUCGAAAUUGGCAAAGUCGAAAAAUUUGUGAUGCAUAAAAUCGAUACCAGUUGGAGCCGCAGUUUCCCAGUGGCGCAUGACAAAUUUCGGGAGCACCAAAAUCCAGUCUGUCAUGCUGUUUGGACAAAGAAGACUGCUUCUGUCAUGUUAUUCUGGCAGCGCAUUGCAUACCCCUAUUAAACAGGCUUGCAAUCGGUCUCAUUUGCCUGCUCCCCAAUACAGGCCUUCAGUGCCCUACAUUUUACGCAUCACAAGUUUUUCGAUUUUGUCGAUUUCGAUUCUGACACAUCCAUAUAGACUGGCCGGACGACCAGAUCUAUUACACGGUGCAAUGUCGUGUGGUGCCGCUGCUGGGAGGGAUCUUGUCGGUCUGGUUCGUGCUGGGCACCCAGACGCCCCACGACAGACCCUUUUUCGACUGACAACUUACUUUUUAUGCGCCGGGUUCGAUGCUCCUUUCACAUACAUGAGAAUUGCUAAGCAAAAACAAGUUUUUAGCAAUGAAAGAUCUGGAAGUAGAUCGAUGCCGUCAGCAGGCCAGCUUCCACCUGUAGGGGCAGGUACUAGUAAAGCUACCACCUACAACAUCAGCCACGAACCGUUGUGGCAUUUCAUUCUCCGGCACCACCGACAGAGAGUCAAGCUGUUGCUUUCACUUUUAAACUCAAUACAUCAACGCAGGUCAACUGAUUUUGCACGAGACAUGACCCAAAGUUGUCAUUUAGUACUUUGAUAGAUAGACAAUGGAUCCGGAAACAAUUUGAUAGACUAUUUACUCGAGGAGAGCAGUUCUUUGAUUGACUAUUUUGCUAGUAUCGGGGUCAUGUUUUUCCUAGACUUAGUCCAACAGGGCGAGCGCGACAUCAGAAGCAGAAAAGCACUGACAUCAAGAUGAAGGAAGAUGAGAACAAGCUUCUCGUCGUGCAGAAUGAAAAAGAUGAAAUCAGGAACAGCUACAACUAAGUAACCCCGAUACGUAUGAUGAUAAGCGAUUUCUUUUGUACAGAUUUUUUGGUCGCAUGAACGAAGGAAGGGCACAAGAACUGGGUAGAUUUGCAAUGCUGCCGCCGGUCGUCCUGGUGCAAUUCCUGGCACGGCCUCUACAGUGACGAAAGUUGAAAGCAAACUCUUGCACUCGCUACUGUUCAGA